AUGCGGAGGCGGUGGCGAGAGAGCGACUGGGGUCGGGCACGCAAGCAACGCCGUCAGGCAGGUACAGGUCCCAAGUGGGUGGGAAACUCGUUCGACGUCGGCGUGUUCCUCGGCGUAGACAUCCUGGACGAGAACCUCGCGUCGGUCGCCCCAGCGCAGGCCUCCACCUCUCGUGGUUCUGUCCGGCCUAGCAUCAUCGAAACGCCAGCAAGCCCUUCCGCCGGCGCGGACACCUUUGUGACCGCUCAGUCGCACCUCAGCACUCCAGCCCGCGAGCAGCCUGGUCCAACCACGCUAUCUCUGAAUGUCUCCCAGGACCGCGACUCUGUUUGGCCAGGGAGCGCGAGUUCUUCCACGGCCCUCCUCGCACCGUCAGCCUCUCACCACGGACCGCUAGUCGAGCAGCAACAUACAAACGGCGCGUCGACUUCUGCUGGACCAGCCAACGGGGAUGUUCCGCUCCCUCGACCUGCUAACCAGGGCCGGAAGAGCACAGGAAAAGGCAUGCAUGUUCAUUACGAAGAGACACCUGCUGUCCCCCCUUCAGAAGUGCUCGCCCGCAGAGGCAGCGCUGUGGAUGACACGAGCGCUGGUGCAGCGGAACAAGCCACUGCAGAAAAUCAAGUGAAAUGGGGGGAUGUGAUUAUGCGGGAUCGUAUGCUGGUCAGAGUCUCGUACACGGAGGACGCUGUGCCUCCCCACUUCGACGAGACACAAAACCGGACGACGAGGCACUUGGAAAACGAAGGCUGGGUCGAGUACAUUGUCGCAUGGCGCAAGGAUCGGCUCGAACUCUACGCAGACCAUCAUACCCCUGGAAAGGAAUGGUUGACGGGCCAUAAACGGCUCGCAUUCGUUGUCCCACUAGGGUCCUCCACCACGAGGCUAUCGUUGUACUCCUUCGUCGACCUAACAUUUUGCUUGACCUGCCCGCCUUCACGACUUCGCCUUGAUGGCAAACGCCGACGCCAUAUAUUUGGCACCUCCAGGGGCACAAAUAUCUUCAUCUUCAAGCUCAAAAGCCGUUCCAGAGCUGUGGACUGGAUGUGGCAGCUAUGGCGUCACCUCGGUGGGGACCUCCCACCGUACAUCGACAUUCGUAGUCCUACACUUGACACUAGGAUCAAGAUCGACGUCCCAGAGUUCGACAACGCCAACCUCGAGGCCGCGUACAACAUCUUCAACCGCGACAACAUCCUCAGACUCUGCGAGAAGUAUCUUCGCACCGUGCCCGAGUUUCGCGCGCUCAUGAAGCGCGAGCACGACGAGGGCGCGACGUUCGAGCUCGCCUGGCGCCACGAGGCGAACCUCGACUGGGUCUGGCGCCUGUCCGACGUGCUCCAAAAACCGCGCAAAUGGUCCGUACUGUGUGGCCUCGCGCUCACACAAGGCGGGCGACCCGCACACCUGGAGUUCAGACGCAAACGGCAUGUACCCACUCGUCUCCGCCUACGCGACGGGACGCGCCUAGACGAGCCGCUUGCCGUGGAGGGCUUCCUGGACCGCAUCCGCCCAAACUCGCAGCUGAAGCAGUCGAUAUACCUCGUCACGCACGACGGGUACCUGUUCACGCUCGCCCCCGCACGCGCGCAGCCCCCGCCUGCCCCUGGGGCGCCCCAGUCAGCUCCCACGUCCAGUGACGCGCCUGACGGCGCAGAUACGCGACGGAAGGAGGAAGUGCGCCGCGGGCAACUGCAAAUCCUGGAAGCGACGGGCGUGUCGGACUUGCGAAGCAUCGUCGCCGUGCGGCGGGCAUUUCAGGUCGUGGCACGGCAAACGGAGCCCGUGAAUCUGGAAGACGUGGGCGACUGGGAGGAUGCACAGGAGUUCUGGGCGGAGGUCGAGCGGAGUGGGAGCGAUGACGAGGACGCAGGCGGGGACACCGGGCUCGCCGGAGUGCGGGACAAGGGGCGCCUGCGGAUGCGGCGGUCGUUCGAGCUCGUGCUCGCGUCCGGCCGCGUGCUUCGGUUCGAGGCAUACUCGUGCGCGACCGCGCUGGAGUGGAUCACUCGACUCCGUCCGCUCAUCUCGUACUGGAAGAAGCGGCAUCAGUACGACGCGCGCAUUGAGAUGGACAUCGCGCAUGGAAGCACGGGGCGGCCGCGCAUAACACCGCAGCGCAUGAAGGAGGAUCACGAGCAUGGACAUGGGCACGAGGCGGAUGAGGAACCGCCGCCCGACCGCGACGCGUCGCUACCGGACCUCGACUUCUUUUACAACUGGUGCGUGCUCGACGGCUGUCGUCCAAUCCUCAAAGGGGGACGGCUGUAUGGGCGCAAGGGCUGGUGGGGGCAGUAUAAGCAUAUCCAGCUGGUCCUUAUAUCCGGACAUCUUGUGCAGUACCACAUCUCCGGCCGCCCGUCUCUGCACCACCGGAAAGACAAAGUCAUCCCACUGCUCGACGCAUAUCUUUGCUCGGGCUACUUCGCCGCGCAGUACCUCCCCGAGGGCCAGUACGACGCGAACGCACCCCCGGUCGCGCGGCGGUACCAAGACGGGCUCGAGACGGACGACGGCGAGGAGGACACGCUCUUCGUGAUCUGGUACCGCGUCCCGAAGGGCGCCGCCCCUGGCGUCCGGCGCAACAACGCGGGCGCGGACGUUCCGCCGCUCACUGCGAAGCGGAAGGUCGCGGUGUUCCGCACGCGGAGCAAGCUGGAGCGGGACGCGUGGGUGUGGGCGGUCAAUGCGGAGAUCGAGAAGGUCGUGCGGGCGUCGCGGGUGCGCGAGGAGGCGGUAAGGAAUGCGGGGGAGCUGCUCAGGACUUGA